AUGGAGCUGAGCUUCAUCACUUCAUUGACAAAAUGCAAAAACUUGGUUUUUUUAGCCCUGGGCCCAAAUCCGUUAAAUGGGCUUCUUCCAGCUUCCGCUGGGAAUCUCUCUGCUACUCUACAGAAGUUGUAUAUAGGAACUAGUGGAAUCAAGGGCACCAUACCAAGUCAAACUGGCAACUUGACCAAUUUGAUAGUGCUUGAUCUACAGUCGAAUCAGUUGACCGGAGGCAUCCCAGCAGCAUUCAAAGAUCUACAAAAGCUGCAAGGUUUGGCUGUGGGAGAUAAUAAUCUUAACGGCACCUUAGAUAACCUUUGCAAUUUGCAUAGCUUGACUUUAAUAGAUCUGACCACAAACCAGUUUUCCGGGUCCAUACCAGAAUGCUUUCGCAAUAUGACCUCUCUUCGGGAUCUUACACUAGGAAACAACUUUUUAGUCUCUGCCAUACCUAAUAGUUUUUGGAACCUCAAAGAUCUCUUGCAGUUGAACUUAUCCUCAAACUCCCUUAAUGGUUCCUUGCCUCUCGAAGUUGGAAAAUUGAAAGUUAUUACUGUUGGGAAAAUCGGGUAUUUUCCCACUCAAAAUUACAACUAG